GCAGCUCCUGUCAGUUGGACUUCGGCUUGGCUGUUGUUAACAUCUCGGCCGCAGUGGGAUUUCCUCUCCCAGAGUGCCUCGUCCUUGCCCCUCUCAUAUAGGUUUAGUGCAUCUGUGAAGGAAGAGUAUGGAUAAUUCACACAGCUGGCGUCAAGUUGCCCCACACAAAGAUCCACUUCGACUGUGUGACCUAACCCUAGCCAGUGUAGCCGGGUUGGUGGCCACCACAACGACAAAUCACAAAAAUAAGAGUGAUCUCAAAAAUGUUUGUGAACUUCUGAGAACUUCUCUUCCUUUGGACGUGCGGACGGAUGUUAUGCGGGAAGUUGCGUCGAGUCAAAAGAAUGAAAAUAAACACCAGUUAAAGGCUCUUCUCUGCACACACUUGCUGACAGAUGUCAAUCACAUUGGCAUCACCACCGACGUCAAGUCCAAACAACAGGUGCAUUUUGACCACGAAGACUGCCAUGAAAUCCUGGAAGUUCUGAACGACGUGAAAAUUUUCCAUUUGGAAAGUCUACAUUUAGAGGGCGUGGAAAUGGAAGAAGGUUUCCUGCCGAGAAUCCUUGAUCGCUGCCCCCAACUUUGGUACAUUCACGUAUCUGGAGACCUUUGCAGCGAAGUCCUCACACACCUUCAGGAGAAUCCUUGCGACCUCCGCUCGCUCCAGCUGGAUUCCUGCACUGUCUCCGACGAGGAUGUAGUGCGAGCCUUGGUGGGGGCAAACACAGACUUCUCCGCCCUUGGAAACAUCAUUUGCAGCGGUGGCGAUGCAACGGAACUUGAAUCAGCGGCAUUACAGUCACUCCGGUUCCUGUCUGUAGAGUCCCCAAGAUUAUCUGUCUGUGGCGCUUUGGUGCUUUUGUGUUUCCUCCGGAACCUUCGACAGAUCCAGUAUACGGCUUGGAAUUCUCCCAUCAGCGAUAUUUUGCUCUUCCUCCAGCAAGUCACCACAGACCCUGGCUCCUUCUCCCUUUCCUCGCUAGCACAAUGGAGACCGACAGAAGAAACACUCAGGAGCUUAGUGGCUCUCUGUCCCCGUCUAGAGCGCCUCAUGAUCGAGUGUUACGACCCAAGUCUCACAUCCUUUGAAGUUUUGUCCGAAUUCCAAGAACUGAAAGCAUUAAGCCUUCGCCUUGUUUCCGAAGAACUUAUUGUGUCCGCCGUUAAGGCUGUCGGUAAGAACCUUCUGGAACUCGACUUGGAGUUUGAGGAAUACACCUACCACUCCAUCUCCAUGGAUACCAUCAAGGCCAUCCAAGAGCACUGUCCGCACCUCCAGCGCCUGGAAAUGAAACACGUAAACAUAUCCUCUAGUCACGGAGAUCGCCUGCCCUUUUUGAAAAACGCCAUUGCCUUCCCCGAGUUGAAGCGGUUCACUCUCUCCAGCGCGGUGAUCCAGCCGGCUCUUCUGGAGAGACUAAUCGCCCACAACAGAUCGUUAGAAACGCUCACCUUAGACGUUAACCAGGAUGCUUUAACAGAUGCAGUCAUGGAUAAACUCCUGAAGAACAACAGUCUGCAUAAACUUAGUGUUAUUUACCUCGGUGCAGGUUCGUUGUCUGCCCAGUCUAUCACCUCACUCUUAGCUCUUCCUUCUUUAACCAAACUUUCACUCGAUCUCAAAAGAUUCCCAUUUAUCCCUGUCUCCACUUUCACCACGCUCGAAGAAACUCUAGCAAAAGGGAACUACCAAUGCGGCCUAGAAAAUAUAGCCAAGGAUGAUUAGAAUGAAGCUUAC